CAACAGUUUACUUUAAUAUUAUAAAGGUUCUAGUGAAGUGUAGUAACAGUGUGGAAAAUAUUAAUUAUGUUUUUUCUACUAUCAUGGUACGUAUGUGUAAUUUGUAUGACUGAAUGCGCUGUAUUAGACCCAGCUUUGUACCUUCAACCCAGUCCACCAAUAAGGCAAGCAGACGAAUAUUUGUGGUCUCAAUCAAUGCAAUCAAAUGUUGAAGCUAUCCCAAUCAACGUAUUAGCAUCUAUAGACGGAGAAGAUAGUAUGCCCAAAGCGAGGACAUUUUGGCCAAAGUUACGCACUGACUAUAAAUUGGGUAGUAUUCAUAUUCCCCUAACAUUUAGUGUAAGUGGUACUUACGGGAACUUUGGUGACGGUGGUAGUGCAGUUGGUUCAAGCUAUGCGAGUAUAUCUGAACUGGGAAGCGCCAAAGUAAGCAAACCAACACUGGCCGGUUCAGGAUACGACAAUUACAAUUCCAGUCCAACUGUAGUACGAAUAUAUGGAAGUAGUAACAAACCAGUCUGGAGCGGUUGGGGUAAUGGAAAAUGGGGACAUUACGGCAAAGGAUAAAUCUGAUAAUUGUGUAUCAA